GCGGUUCACACAAACAUAGAACAAGUCCAUGGAUGAAGACAAGGCCUAUUUUUACUGAGUCAUGGAAUACAUCUUAUACCCGCUACUGCUCCUUAUUUUCAAUGUUUCAGAUGUGCUGGGUGUUCUGUGUAGCAGAAAGACCUACUCCUACUACUCCAGCACCACCUACUUCACCUGUACUUAUGGAUGCUGCGGUUCCUCCAGUACCAGAUACUGCUGCUCCAGAUCUGCUGUCAGCGUUCGGUUAACCGGGGGCAGCACAGCUGGUAUUGUUGUCGGUGUCCUCUUCAUCAUCUUCUGCAUCGUCAUCGUCGCUUACCUCUGUAAGAGGAAGCGGUACCACGGGAGCAUGAUGAGGCCAGGUGCUGUCGGACCGCAAACAGUUCAAACUGUGCACGUCUCACAUACUUCAGGUGCAAUGAUGGGCCCACCCCGUCAGAGUUACCCGCCUAUGUAUCAACCCCCUGCAUAUGGUCAAGCAGGUGAUGUACCCUCAGCCUGCACCAGCGAUGCGCGCCACCCGCAACCGCCGCAACCAAUGCAUUCUGCACCCUGGGACCCAGGCUACGUGCCCCAGGCUCCAUUGUACAGCGCCCCACCCCCAAUGUACAAUGCACCUCCUCCAGCCUACAGUCAG